AUGAGCGCCCUCGCUGCCAGGAGAGCUGCACUUGCAGCCAAGGCUGCAAUCGCCGCCGAGGCACCUCCUGCGCCCUCAAAACCGACGACAAGGUCGGCCAAGCCCGCCAAGCAAGCUCCGAAACCCCCACCCUCCCCAACGUUGUCUGACUUCUCUGGCGUCUCUGACGAGUCCGAUGACUCUGCUGGGCCAUCCAACAAACGUCGAAAGGUGGCUAACAAGGGAAAGAAGGCUCCCGAGAAGAAGGAGAAGGAGGCCCGUUACUUUGUUGGGGUCGAGAUCCCGACACGAGCCAAGCCGCCCACCUCGAAGCCUCGGAAGCAGCGAGCGUUUUCCCCGAGUGCAGCUAUGGAGGAAAUGGAGGACGGAACGUCUGCGGAGUCUAGUGGAGAUGAAGGCGAUGAGCCUCUGCAGGAGGAGGCGGCUGCUCCGUGCGCUCCGGCCUCGCUGCCCUGCUCAUCCUUCUUCGUGGUGGAAGACGACGUCAACUUUGCUACAUUGACGGCCAAGCAACUGUCUGAAGCUGGCAUCGCAUCCUCCGGGCCAGGAGUGGUCAUCAGUAUCCGCGUCCAGGAGACACUAGCCAUUGUUGGAACGUACUCGGUUACACCGCUGCAGGGUUCUCUGGCCCUACUCUCGACGACUAUCGUUCCCUCAGCCGAAAACACGUCCUACCCUGUCUUUGCGCCUUCGUCGCACCCUGUUCCGAUUCUUGCGCGUGCGAACGACGAGGAGUCCGAGUCUGACCUGCUGGAGGUCCUGGACCUUCCCGAGAGCUUCGACCUUAGCCCGUCGCAGACCGUUUUCAUUCUCCAGGAGAACCGAACAGGCAUUGAGGGAUUGAGCGGCGACGUUGUUCCGGGCUUCAACAGCAUCUGGCUGUCCGAGGAGGGUGCCUGGGGUCUGAGGGGCGUGCACCCCAUCCUCGACAACUUCCCCGUCCCGGUGUACCCGCACGUCACGCCCGAGUCGUGGAGGCACGCGCUCGCCUCUGUUGUUCCAAACGAGGCGGAUCCCGAAGACUCGGACGACGAGACGCCGGGUGCGGUCUCCAGGCCGCCCGUCGCGAUCGUAAAGGGUCCCAAGCGAAGCGGCAAGUCUGCUCUUGCGCGGGCGACGCUGAACAAGCUGCUGGAGACGUAUGCGCAGGUCGCCUGGCUCGAGUGCGACUUGGGACAGGGCGAGUUCAGCUGCAGUGGUGCGGUUGGACUCUGGGUUCUCGACAGGCCUGUUCUCGGCCCCGCGUUCACGCAUCAGUGUCCACCGCUACGUGCGCACUACCUAGGCGAGCUGAGCCCCCAGUCGUGCCCGGACGAGUACAUGGCAGCGAUCCACCAGCUCAUUUCCUACUACCAGUACGAGGUGCAGCACCCGUCUACGUUCCUGGGCGAGGCGGCCGAGGGCGGUCGCAGGGGAGACGCCGUGCCGCUCGUGAUCAACACGCAGGGUUGGGUCAAGGGUCUCGGCGAGGAGCUGCUGCGCUCCAUCGAGGCGGUCGCCGAGCCUAGUCACGUCUUCGCCUUUGAGGCCGCAAGCGAGGAUGUGCCUCCUGGGUGGACAGCGUCUCCGGUUCACCAGUCGAUGGAUCUGCCGUUCUGCGCGCCGUGGGAGAGCGUUAUUGCCCGCGGCCCAGCGCCGACAGUUAUUACCGUUGAGCCGGCUCCGAGCUCGCCGCUCCAGGCUCGCUACAGCGCCGCGGACAUGCGUGCUCUCGCGACGGUUGCGUACCUUCACUCUCGCGGAGACAAGUGGGACUUCAGCGUGCCCGUGCUCGGCAUGCGACCGUGGGUCACCCAGCUCGGCGGAGGGGGUGCACUGCGCGCCGCAUAUUUGGCUGGUGAGGGUGCGGACGCCGUGCUGCCGGCGGACCUCCCGCUGGCGCUGAACGGAAGCCUGGUUGGCCUGAUCGAGGUCGAGACUCCGUCCGAGGAGACGUACGUUUCCGCCCGCCCCCAGCCCAGCGCGGAGGAGGCUACGCUCCUGGGGGUUGCACUCGUGCGCGCCGUGCGGGUGUCCGAGGACUCGCUGGCGCUUCAGCUUGUGACCCCUCUGCCCGCUGAGAUGCUGCAGCGUGCUACAGCGCUUGUGCGCAAUGGUGCGUUGGAGCUUCCCACGUGCGCGAUGCUCGACUGGCGAGAGCGGGUUCCGGGAGGCGGCGUCAGUGAAGACGGCCUUGCAGGUGUGCGCUGGGACGACGUGCCGUUCUUCGAUGCCGCUGGCGUCGAUGCCGUUGGUGCCGGACGCAGGCGCGUCCGACGCAACAUUCAGCGUAAGGGACAGUAG